CGUGCGCGCGACGGGAGGCUGAAUGGCUGUUCUCCGCUCUCUCGCGGCGGUCCGCGCGGCGCCGGGCUUCUGGUGGCGGGCAGCGCGCGCGUCGUUGGGGCUCCUGGGCCCCCUGGGCCCCUGCCCCGGGAGAGGCUACUCUGUGGACGCCGCACAGAGCCCACCCACUUUUGGGUUCCUGUUGGACAUUGAUGGAGUGCUGGUGCGGGGUCACAGAGUGAUCCCUGCUGCUCUGGAAGCGUUCCGCAGGCUGGUGAAUGCUCAUGGGCAGCUGCGGGUGCCUGUGGUCUUUGUCACGAAUGCUGGGAACAUCUUACAACACAGCAAAGCCCAGGAGCUGUCAGCGCUGCUGGGGUUCAAGGUGGAGCCAGACCAAGUCAUUCUUUCUCACAGUCCCAUGAAGCUUUUCUCACAAUAUCACAACAAGCGGAUGCUGGUGUCUGGGCAGGGGCCCCUGGUGGAAAAUGCCCGAGUACUGGGCUUCGAGAAUGUGGUUACUGUGGAUGAGCUGCGGAUGGCCUUUCCUGUGCUUGACAUGGUGGAUCUCCAGCGGCGGCCGAAGACCACGGUACCCCUUCCAAGGAACGACUUCCCUGCCAUUGAAGGAGUGCUUCUCCUUGGGGAGCCAGUCCGCUGGGAGACAAGCCUGCAGCUGAUCAUGGAUGUCCUUCUCAGCAAUGGGAACCCUGGGACUGGUCUGGCGACGGCCCCUUAUCCCCAUCUCCCCGUCCUGGCCAGCAACAUGGAUCUCCUUUGGAUGGCUGAAGCCAAGAUGCCCAGGUUUGGCCAUGGCACCUUUUUGCUGUGCCUGGAAACCAUUUACCGGAAAGUGACAGGCAAAGAGCUGAGAUAUGAGGGCCUGAUGGGCAAACCCAGUGUCCUCACUUACCAGUAUGCAGAGGACCUGAUCCGGCAGCAGGCGGAGAGGCGGGGCUGGGUGGCCCCCAUCCAGAAGCUCUAUGCUAUCGGUGAUAACCCUAUGUCUGAUGUCUACGGUGCCAACCUGUUCCACAAGUACCUGCAGAUGGCGAAGCAUGAUGGGGCAGAGGAGCGGGGGGCCGAUGGCUUGUGGAAGCGGCGGCCCUCAGCAACCCAGAGCUGUGCCUCUAUCCUGGUGUGCACUGGUGUGUACAAUCCCAAGGGCCCAGAGCCCACCAGGCCCGCCCAGGAUGCAGAGGAGGCUCCAUUCCAUGGGCACCGGGACUUCAGCUUCAGUCCAGGGCUCAUGGAGGCGUCCCACAUUGUGAAUGAUGUGAAUGAGGCUGUACAGCUGGUUUUCCACAAGGAGGGUUGGCUUUUGUAGUGAGGGCUGUGCGUUGGAGACAAGGGGGGUUGGGACCCUGGAGCUAGAGGGGAGUCCUGUUAACUGGCUUCUGGCCCACAUCACUGGGCAUCAAGUCAGGGCCGCUUCCUGUGACACUUUCUGUGGCCCCACGGUGGAUAUUACUGGUCACUUAGAAGAAGACACUGGCUUUUUCUCCUGCUGGGCAGUAGCCACAGAAUUGUACCCGGGGUAGAACAAUCAGGAUUUUCUGGGCUCAGUUCCUGUCUGCUUCUCCUGGCAGUCUGACCUCGGGCCAGUUCCUUUACCUCUGUGCCUCAGUUUCUUCUCUCAUUUCAGUAGGGACUUCUGAAAAAAGGGGAAGUGGUGUAAAAUAAUGCAGAGCCUUGCCUGCACUGAGGGCACCACUGCAUGCCAGCAAGGUGCGUCACUAACACUAUGAUACUGCUUUUUAUUGUAUUUUAGCUUAUUGCCCAGAGACUUUUAGGCUUAUUUUUUUAAAUUAAAAUAAUCAUAAUAAAUAUUCAUUAUGCUGUCAA